GUUGAGGACUCCACCAUUUGCCCCAUGCGGCUCGCCCUGGAGCGGCGCCCCAUGCGCCCCUUUUGCGCCAGUGGACUCGCUCCUUUCCCUCUCUCUGCAAAGCUAGCAACCAUGACGAAGAAGCGGCGGAAUCGGGGACGCGCCAAGCACGGCCGCGGCCAUGUGAACCGUGUGCGCUGCGAGUCUAGCGGCGCCAUGGUGCCCAAGGACAAGGCUAUCAAGCGCUACAUUGUGCGCAACAUUGUGGACGCGUCGGCUCUCCGCGACAUGCAGGAGGCUUGCGUCGUCGACAACUACGCCCUGCCCAAGAUUUACCGCAAGGUGUACUACAGCAUCAGCGCUGCUAUCCACAGCCGCGUUGUGCGCGUCCGCAACGCCAAGGAGCGCCGGAACCGGGAGCCGCCUCGCCGGUUCCCCAACCGCGACCAGCAGCAGCAGAAGAAGGAUUAAGCAGGCGGACAGUAGGAUCGUGGUGCUAGCGGCUUAGCAGCAGUGGGAGCCACGGCAGCAGCUCGGAGCCAUGGCGCCCUCGGACUGGACUCCAUCGCUCACGGCGCGGGUGUGCGCGGUGUUGCUGGCUGGUGCCCUCCGCCCACGGCGGUCUGAUGUCGUGCUGUAAGGCACACGCUUCGU